GGAGCUCGAUUCCAAAGGAGGAACUCAACUUCCUCUCGGUCACGCUAUACUACUCUUUUGCAGAACGAACUGUAUGUAGGAUAUACCUAUCCUAUAUCUCGUUGCAGCGCAUUUCCACGCGUGUGCGCUCUUCUGCUACACAUUGUAUUGUAUUCAGUUCUCCCUCUUUAUAACCGUCGCGCGUGACACGCAAAGUGUGCAAAUUAUUUAUAUUGCAGGACAGAGAUGCAGGCUACCAGAAGUCGUGAAUGAAUGACGUAACAACAAAAGUACAAAAGAUAAAGUAAAGUGUUCGCGUAUACUACGUAGUCGUGCGAUAAAUUUUCCACAGCGCGCAGACUCUCUUUCUCAGUGUGUAUAUAUGUGCAGCGCAUCACGCGCACGAGAAAGAGAGAGAGAGAGAGAGAGAGAGAAACGACAUAACCAAAAGAGGCUGAUAUUCGUCGAGUCUGCUCAUACUCGUCCCGUCGAGUGUGUACGUGUACAUAUAUAUAUAUAGCUACGAGUAUAUAGCGGAGCAGCGCGAAGCAAAAGCGACGAGGAGGAAGGGAGAGAGUUGCGUUCGCCGGGAAAAGAAUUACAACACAGACGCGCGCGCGCGCGGCACGAGAGAGCUGCUCUGCACAGUCUGUGCAUAUAGAACUCGCGCGCCAGAUACCAACGAGACGACAACACGCACACGAAGCGAGUGAGAGAGAGAGAGAGAGAGGAGCAAAAAAAAAUCAGCAAAGAACCUGCACAUGACGACAAUCUCUGCUCGCAGUUUUUGCUCGCCGCUGCCGCCACUACUGCAGCAUCUUCUUCGUUUUUCGGCGCUCGCGUAAUCUCCGUUUUGUCAAGUGCACAUCAGCAUCCGUGUGUAUUAUAUAUAGAUAUAUAUAUCGAGAAGAAGUUAUAUUUUCUUGGCGGGAACACGUCGUUGUUGUUGUUGUUGAUAUAUAAGUAUAUACCAAGUGCAAAGCUGCUGUUGCGUCUGGAGAAAGUCGCAGCCCUGUGUUAUUGUCGCCGCCGUUGUCCGAGAGGUGAACUCGAGAGAAGAUGGAGAUGACGAUGGACGUCUACGACGGCGACUACCUGGGCGCGUACCGGCGCUUCCUCGAGCACUUUGUCGCCAACUUGUCCCAGGAUGACCAGCUGCCGGUGAGGAUGGCCUGCAGGGAGGUACGCGACUGCGAGGUCACCGGCGCGAUCGCCGACAUCACCCUCAAGCAUCUCAAUCAGAGGAUAUGUCCUCCAAGUCUGCAAGCCUACCUGGUCAAGUUGGUGAGAGAAGAAUGUACAAUAUUGUUUAAAAAACAGCCAGAAGAAUGUGGCUACCGACCUCAAGAGAAAAAGUUCUCGCCUUUAAAACUCAUGCAAACUGUUACAAAUAAAGUUAAUGCAAUAUGUCAACGUUACUUGGACAAUAGCAGAUUAGCAUUACUGCCUCCACCUCCGUCCACACCAUUACCACUAGCCUCUUCAUAUGCAAUUAAAAAUAGGAGAAGAAAAAUGGAAGAUCGUUCUGUAAUUUUGCACGAUUUACAUACUAUGUUCAGUAUUAAGAAUGACGCCGUUGUAAAUUACUAUGCAGUAUUUGAUGGUCACGGAGGACAAGAAGCUGCCACUUAUUGUGCAGCUCACCUUCAUCAGUAUUUGAUAGAAAGUCCGCACUAUCCAGCGGAUCCAGAAAUUGCCUUACGCGAUGCUUUUUAUACAACAGAUUCUCGAUUUAUAGAGUGUGAUGAAACAAAAAAUAGCGGUUGUACUGCUGUAUGUGCUUUAUUAUAUGAUAAGACUUUGUACAUUGCAUGGGCUGGGGAUUCUCAAGCUGCAUUAAUUAAAAAUGGUAGAGGCAUUAAUUUGACGAUAACCCACAAGCCAGAAAGACCAGAUGAACAAUCAAGAAUAGAAUCGCUGGGAGGAGAAGUCAUUUUUUAUGGUUCAUGGAGAGUCAAUGGCGUUUUGAAUGUUUCUAGAUCGUUAGGAGAUGCCAAGUACAAACCUUUCGUGUCGGGUGAACCGGAGAUCAAGAAGAUCGAGCUCGACGGCACGGAGGACUUUUUGAUAGUCGCUUGCGACGGCUUCUGGGAACGAGCCACCGAGGACAUCGUCGCCUCGCUUCUCUACGAGUACGUCAGCUCCGGUAACUGUGACUACAACUCGGCAAGCGUAGCACUGGUGAACUGGGCGAAGCAGAACCUGAGCGAGGACAACAUCUCGGUGAUAGUGGUCUUCCUGACGCCGCCCGCCGAGAUAGCAGCGAAGUCGUUCUUCCAGCCGCGGCCAGUGCCGCAGUCUAACGCCAUGGAGCAACCCGGCUACCACCAGGAGCACCAAGCCGACCUCGACUUCUCCAACUUCUCGAAGCAGCAGCAACAGCCGAAUUCGCCUGCCGACGAGGAGCCCGGCCUGAUCCAGCACACGAACGGCAGCGACGAGUUCCAGCACUUCAUCGAGACCGUCAACGGUAGGCAUCGGCCCAAGCCGCCCAAGUACAACGACGUGGACGACGAGGAGGAGGAGGAGGAGGAGGAGGAUGAUGAUGACUUGGGCCCGGAGACGAACGUCGACGCCGGGGACGAGGCACCCGAGGAGUUCGGCAAGCUCGACCAGGCUAUGGGACAGAACUAUCCCGAUGAGUUUCUGCAGCAUGGGAAGCGCGAGGACGACGACUUCCCCGCGGAGAUUAAGCAACGCCAUCAGAAUGAACUGAUCGUCGAGGCGGAUAAUGUAGCGGACAGCGAGGACAGCGAGGACGAGUGGAAUUACUACCCGAAGAGACCGGAAGAGAACGCGCAGCAGAACAGCAACUCAUUGGGUCAGAGCCAGAAGGACCCGGCCCUCGUGGAGAAGCCCGAUCGAUGCGACGAGGAGAAAGAGCCCUGCAGUCCCAAGCCCUGCGACGAGGACAGCGAGGACGAGAGUCAGUCUGCUGCUGAACUGCAGCCCAGUCACGAUAUCAACCAGCAGCAGCUGGAGGAGGUCGCCACCGCGACGACCGACGACGCCGACGCCGAGGACGUCAUAACCGCCGAAUUCGACGAGCUACACGAGCAGCAGAUCGCGAUAGCCAAGGAUCAGCAGCAGCUCAAGGAACUAGAUACUGAAGCUGAAGCAGCCACAAUUCCUGAAGAAGAUUUCCCCUACGACAAGGAGCCAGAACAACUGCAGUUCAACGAUCAAUUUGAACAACGGCCCGACGAGCAACAGUUCAAGGAAGAGUUCAAACAGCUCGAAGAGCCGCAGUUCAACGAACACUUCGAGCAGUCCGAAGAGCCACGGUUCAACGAACACUUCGAACAGCCCGAAGAGCCACGGUUCAACGAACACUUCGAACAGCCCGAAGAGCCCAAGUUCAACGAACACUUCGAACAGCCCGAAGAGCCCAAGUUCAACGAACACUUCGAACAGCCGGAAGAGCCCAAGUUCAACGAGCAAUUUAAGGAGCACGAAGAGAAGCAGUUCAACGAGCAUUUUGAGCCGCAACUGGAACAGGACCAGUCUAACGAACAAUUCGAGCAGCAGCCUGAACAGCAGCAGUUCAACGAGCAGUUUGAGCAGCAGCCUGAACAGCAGCAGUUCAACGAGCAGUUUGAGCAGCAGCCUGAACAGCAGCAGUUCAACGAGCAGUUUGAGCAGCAGCCUGAACAGCAGCAGUUCAACGAGCAGUUUGAGCAGCAGCCUGAAAAGCAGCAGUUCAACGAGCAAUUUGAAAAGCACGUCGAAGAGCCAUCAAAAGAAGAGUCGCAUCAACCGGAAGCGAAGCUGGAGCUGGAACUCGAAAACAAGAUUGAACUCGAGAAGGAGGUCGACACUGAGGAGGAAAGCGACAUGGAGUCUCACUUGAAUCCGGACGCUGCCGAGUUCGUACCGACGAAUACUUCACCGAAUACGUCGCCGCUCAUACCGCAGAUCAUUAAUCAAAUGAGCAGCGAUCUCGUGGCAGGAUCGCCUCUCAAGCAGUCUCAGCGCGCACUCAAGAACCGCAAGAUUCCGAGCGAGCAGGAAUUCCAAGAGGAGAUCUGUCGGAGGCCCUCGGAAAUCAACGACAGUGCCGUCAGCGACUACUCCAAUGGCGACAGUCAGUCGCCCAUCAAGGAUACCGCCAGUGGCGAUCUCCUCGGUGGCUUCGCUGAUGAGAACCAGUGUACUGUGAUUAAUCCCUUGAACCUCGAUGAGUCUGAAAUUUCGUCCACACGAGCUGAAUUCGGAGACGAGACUGCCAACUACAGCGUGGCCAGUGAGUUCUAUAAGACUGGUUUGUCCACGAUCGAUUGCUCCUACACCGGUAGUGAACGCAGUGAUUUUGACUUUUCUUCGAAAGAUCCCAUGGCUACUUCCAUGACUCCAGGUGAUUUCAAGACUGCGUUUGAACAAGAACCAGAUCUCAACAAGGUGCACGAUCUUAACGAUGAUGAUCUGAUAGGCGAAGUUCAAAACGGCACCAUCGAAGAAACGUCCGAAAAGAUUGUCGAAAAUACGAUGGAUGAUGAUUUGGUUAAAGAAAAAAUCGAACUUGAUUUCGAGAAUUUUGUACCUCAGCAAGAACAUAACGCCGAAGUCUUCUCAGCAAUAGUUGAGCAAAGAGAAUCAGCAGACAACAAUGAUAUGUUCAUGAAUCUGCGCAACAACGAGCAUGGUUACGAAUUCGAGCAGAACAAAGAGGAGCGCAAUCUGAUUGAGUCUACCGAACAACCGGAGGUUACUUCUACGGAAAAUGAGAAAGUCGCUGAAUUCGCUAUGGACGAUAGCCCCAUCUAUGCCAGUAACAAUCCCUUCUCGGCUGAUUACUUACCUGCCUCCGAACAGGCAAACAACGUUUCGAAUCUAGUCGAUGAUAUGCAGAAGGUCACUUUGGAGGAGCCCAAGCAGCAAAACUUUGAGGAGAACUCGGUCCUGACACCCGAGGAACCCGAGAUGCAGAAGAGCGUGCACGACGAGGUCAUGCAUAAUCCUCUGGAAUUGAACUUUGCAGGAGCUUCUGUUGAGCAAAAGAAUGACGAGCCGGUACUCGUUACGCCCGUUAAAGAGCCCCAGGUCAUGUCUAGCAAGUUUGAGGAAGAAGACCUCAUGUCUCGAUCUGUGGAGGCUCUGCAGUUAGAUCAAAAUCAGAAACAAGAACAGGAUGAAUUCUUCAUAAAGAACAAUCAAGUGGAAGAUUUGAGCCCUGCUUCUGCUGAACCGGAGGAGAAUCUCGUAGAAGCACCGGUGAAGAGCGAGAUUCAUGAAACAGCUACCGAGAACUUAGACAGAAAGUCAAUCAAUCUUUCAGAGUCGUUGCAGGAGUUUACCGGACUCGAGGAGCAGCUUAGUCCAAAACACGAAGUUAAGGACAACAUAGUAGAAACAGCUCAGGUCUUGAAAGAAAAUCUCGUGGAUGAACAAAAGGAUGUUGAAGAAGCUAAGGCUCCAUCCCCGGUUCCUGAACCUAAGCUCGAAGAAGCUCCACAGGUUACCAACGAACUUCCAGUAUCGAACGAAACUGCAGAGAAGGCAGCCGCUCCAGUAGUCGCUGCUGCCGUGGCAGCAGCUGCGGUCACAACUGCAGUAGCUGCCGGCGCAGCCGCUGUAGCCGCAACAAAACCAACGAAAUCUGCAACAGCAGUCUCGAAGGCUUCCAAACCAACCGCUACUUCCAAAAUUGGCUCGAAAUCAACUACUCCGACGUCUCCCACGAAAAGUGGCGUCGCCGCUAAAACCGGAACCACUACAGCUGCUAAAAAACCAGUCACGACCUCCACACCCCGUACGAAGACGGCCACUGGCGCUGCAACUAAGACCACAACAAGCACAUUGAGCAAAACGACUGCCACAUCCAAAACUGCAACCGCUCCGAAAACUGCUACAAGCGCUGCUGCUAAAACGACUACUCGCGCGGGAGCUACAACAGCAGCUGCUCCACGAUCCAAGCCGCUGAGCUCAGUCACUUCUAAAAUCGGCUCUACUUCAGCUACCGAGAAAAAGCCCACGGCUAACGGUGAAGUCAAGCCUCCGCCUAUCGGCAGAAGCGCUCCUCCUCCGAAAGCAAAGCCGCCCACGACCGCCACCAGUACCGCGUCGAAGAUGGGUCUAGUCAGCAAAACUUCCACAACUACUCGAAUGAGCACUGGCUUAACAACAUCGACUGCUCCUAAAGCACGUCCGGCUUCGGCCACUACUACGAAGACCACCACCUCAAGACUGAGCUCAGCUAACGUUACUAGCUCGACGAAUAGUACUUCCGCCAGGCCAAAGACGGCACCCACUUCCACACUGAACGCUACUGCAAAAUCGAAGAUUUCAGCCACUGCUGGCGCCAAGUCUCCCAUGAUCGACAAGCAAAUCAAGGAGACUGCCAACAAACAGAUAUCUUCGGCGCGCAGCUCUGCUACAGCUACUACUACCAAGUCGCGUAUAUCGUCCGUAACUUCUUCUAGCACAACCUCAACUACCAAGCGCAUUUCUCUGGUGCAGAAACAAUCGACAACAAAUGUAACGACUUCACCUACGAAAAAGCCACCACCAAUUACGAAACCUGGAUCAAAGACUAGUACCGCCACGUCAAAAGUCAACUCAAAGGUGACUUCGACGACGAAGACUAGCUCUGUAGCCACGGCCAUAGCAACGGCCACAGCCACGGUCGUACAGAAUGGUGUUUGCGAGGCCGAAAAGAGCGUUGAAAUCACUACAAAUAAUACGACGACGGCAGACACAACGAAUAUCGAGGAGGAUAUCCCCAAGAAGGACAUAUCGCCAGUCGAGCCCGUCACCGACAAUCAGCUGAUCACCGCAGAGUGAAGGGAUUCACGAACGCGGCGACGGAGGCAGAAAGAGGACAAUGUCCUGUUUCUACCUCUCUUAAUUUAACGAAAAAAAAAAUAUAUAAAAAAAUCUUUUUCCUCUGUUGAGAGAAUCAGCAUAGCUUAUAUACUAUUGAACGUUAAGACCAAUAGUUCUACAACUUUUUUUGUAUUAAGUUUCGAAGGACAGAUACCCCGAUGCGCAUCCACAGUAGUAGUUAGGGAACGUUGAAUUGGAAACUUUAAUAUACUCACAUAAUUAAAAAAAUGCGUAAUAUAUAUGAUUUUAAGAAACAAAAAAGACAAGAUAUAUCAACCUAUAUUCAAAGGUCAUUAUUAUCAUAUAGCUAUUCACAUUAUUGCUUGACUGCUUCGGUGUGCUGUGAAACCUCCUAUUGAAACUUAAAGAAAAACACGGCAGUGGAUAAAAGGCUUGAACUUUUGUUGUGUAAAUAAUCGGACGCGUUCGAAGUUACGGUAUUAUUGUAAUUGUAUUUUAUGCAAGCUCUGAGUAUGCGUAAUUAUGUGGUGCUCGUCGAAGGCCUCCAAAUAAGCGAAGAGACGUCGUUGAGGAAUGAUAUAUGAUUGAUAUGAUAAAAGAAACGAUGAUGAAGCUCGUAGUAUGAAUUUACUCGCACACAAAUACACACACGACUUCCUUUAUAUACAAUGAAGCGGAAAAACUAAUUUGGAGUAUAUUGUUGGUAAACUCCCCGUGGCGGCGGUAUUACUUUUCACAUAACAAACGAAGCUGGACGUUUUUUUUAUUUAUAUUUUUAAUAUGUUUUUGUAUGUGCAUUAUAAUUCAUGUAACGAUUAAUCAUAUUUGAUAAUAAGAAACUAUUUAUUUUUGUUUGUUCCUACCUAAAGUUGAGUAAUAAAAACCAACGAAAUCGUCACCAUUUUAAUACGUACUACCAUCUAUGUACAGCACCUUUUGAUUUAAUGUGAUACCUUACUAUAUUAUAUAAAUUCAGCAGUAUAAAGAACAAAGUUUAUAAAAAAUAAACCAAUUUUUUCUAAUAUCGUUUUUUUGUAAAUCGUGUGCUCGGUUUUAGAAUAACUUUAAGAGAAUAUUUUCUUCAUUUGUUAUAGUUUUUAUUUUAAUCAUUGACAGAAAACAUUGUAAUUGAAUAAAUCUUUAACUUUUAUCACUA